CCGAUCAUGGAUUCGAUACCAAGGAAGCGACCCAAAUCGGAGACCAGAACCCCAAAACGGAACCCUAAAUCUUCUUCUUCUCCGAUCAGAUCAAUGCUCGAGCCACCACAAAGCUUCUUUCCUUCCAAGGAAGAGUUCUUCAGACUAUUGAAGGUUUUGCUUGUCGCUUGUGUUGUGGCUUUUACCUGCAAUUUCCUCGCUAAGUCUCUGAGCUCAAACCCUACUAAAUCUUUCUGCGAUAGUAACUAUGAUUUUACCAAUUCAGACUUGGAUUUAUGUGAACCUUGUCCAAUUAAUGGAGAAUGUUACCAAGGGAAGUUGCAAUGUAAUCUUGGAUACAAAAAGCAAAGAAAUUUAUGUGUAGAAGAUGGAGAAAUCUAUGAAUCAACCAAGAAAUUGGUUGGGUAUUUUGAGAGAAAAGUUUGUGAAGCAUAUGCUCAUAAUGAAUGCUAUGGCACUGGAGCCAUUUGGGUUCCGGAGAAUGAUGUUUGGAAAGAACUACGUAGCAACGGCUUGAAUAACUUAGACGAGUCUGCUUACAAUUUUUUGAAAGGAAAGGCGGUAGAAGGUGUCACCGAGCUACUAGAGAAAAGGACUAAUUCUAAUGGGAUUGAUGAGUUGAAGUGCCCUGAAUCCGUAGCCGGAAGCUACAAACCCUUGACUUGCCGCAUGCGUCAAUGGCUCUUGAGGCACAUCUUAAUUAUCUCGUCCACAUGUGCAAUGCUAGUGGGCAGCGCAAUAUUGAGUAGGAAAAUUCAACGUAAGCGAUAUUUUUCAAGAAGAGUGGAAGAGUUAUACGACCAGGUCUGUGACUUCCUGGAAGAGAAUGCAGUGGCAUCAAAUUCUGCAGACACUAGUAAUUGCGAGCCUUGGGUUAUCGCAUCUUGGUUACGUGAUUAUCUACUUUUGCCUAGGGAAAGAAGAGACCCUCUGUUAUGGAGUAAGGUUGAGGAGUUAAUCAAAGAGGAUUCACGUAUAGACCAAUAUCCGAAAGUCGUCAAGGGUGAACAAAAAGUUGUAUAUGAAUGGCAAGUUGAAGGUUCACUUAGUUUAUCCAAGUUGAAGAAACAGCGAGAGACGCAGAAGAAAGUUAGAAAAAGUAUCGACUCAAGCACAAGCUUGCAAGAAAAUUACAACAGAAGAAUUGCUGGUUAGAAGCUGAAAACCUUUUAUUUAUUGAGUCAAAUAGACAUUGUUUUAAGAUUGAUCUUUAUCUGGUUUUGUUGCAGAGACAAGUUCUUAGUACAUUUACAAAAGAGCAAUAUAGAAGCUUGUUUUGAUUCUUCACGUAAUUUUAGAAGAUCCAAGGAAUGAAGCAUUGUCGAUUUU